UUAAGUUUUAAGGAGAAAAGUACUCGGCCGAGUACUUUCCGAGUACUUUUGUUCUAAAAAGUUAAAAACAGCGAAGGUCUGAAGUCCUUGUGUUGCUUUGUAAUCUUACCUUUAUGCAUGUACCAUCAAAUGUCGAUGUACUUCAACUUUGUUCCCUCCUAACUAGUUAAAUAUUGGGUAGAGAACUUGGUUCUCAUAAAGUACUUGACAACAUCACUGCUCGAUAGGCUAUAUGAGGAUGCUUUCAUAAUUUCCUUUAAAAAAAUUGUGGCCGAUCAAUUUGGUCGGGGGCUCGAAUCCAGAAGCUGGUUGCAUGGCGACCGUUGGCAAGUUAUACAUGUACUUCACCCCUGAUAUAAAAGCAUCGAACUAUGGGCUCCCUGGGAAACUGAGAUGGCUUUAGGAUUUUUUUAUGGAACCGAUGAUCAGUCCGGGGAUAAUACUCAGUGCAUCGAUAAUUAGGACUUGUUCUUCUUAAAACUCACAAUCAUCAUGUUGCAUUUUAUGACAGUUAUUGCCAUUUGAUGUUUGAAAUGUACAUGUUAGCAUAUAGCUGUUACAAUGUAUAAAAGAAAAUUAUAACGGCAUUUGCCGGUUUGAAUUACGCGCCACGGAUUUUGCUAAUUCCUGUUGCAUCCAAUUAGAGUUUUUCCUUAUUACGAUUUUAAACUUUAAAGUUUUGAACAGAGUGGGUUGUGAGAUCUUGUUUGAUCCCAGUUUAGUAAUAUACGUGAAAAAAAGAUGUUUCCCUACGUGUGGUGACGCUGCAUUUUAUUUUAUUAGUGUGUUGUUCAGAGUUCUUCCUUUUUAUUAAUCGUUGUGUGGUUUUAUGACUGUUUCGUUGAUUCGAUUUUAAUAAUUAAGUUGCUUUUAAAUUGCAAAUGAACUACAGUGACUCACUCUGUGUGUUUUUUAGACUCAGUAAUAAAAUGUCAUGAGUGUGAAUAAACCACAAGGGUACUAGAUUGUCAUUCUCUCUUCAGGACAUGAAAUCAGUAUCAUACAUCAUGUGACUACAGAAGCGAAGCCAAUUAUUAAUUUGUGAUGUCCGAUGAUUCACCGUGAAAAUUAUAGCCCCAGAUGAUCCCUUCCAUCUGACUAUUCAAGGUACGAAUAUACAUGUACAUUAAUUUCGUGAUAAACAUUGCUUUGAAGUUCCCGUAGGAAUGGACACUUGAACCAGAUGGAGUUAAAAGUUUGCAUGGUGGAAGAACAAAGUAUACUAUUGGAUAAAACUCUCCAGUUUAUUUUGUCAAAGCCUGACUAUAGCUAACGAAAGACAUACACUAUGUAUUCUAUUCACGGUGCUGCUGCAAACUUUAUCUUGUCAGCCGAGAUUCCACCAUUUCCAGGCAGCCUUGAUGGGAUAAUGGGGUAUUGUGUCAAACUUCAAUAUCCCAACAGCUGUCGUUGCAGUCUUAUUGUAACAAGGGAAAUCUCAGAUGGCUUGGCAGUUUCGGUCACGGAAUGCAUUGUCACUGCCGAAUGUGAAACUGUGGGUGAACUCCAUCAAUCCAGUGCGCACUCAGCUUUACGCAGCCUGCACACUGCAGCAUCUACACGUUCAUGAAUGAGCGUGAGGCGUGGAUUUCCUGUGGAUGUUUUGUUUUAUCAAUUUCAAUCGCCGCCAUUUCCAUGCCUAUGGAGCCAGGCAAGGGCAUUUAUAAAUUCGUUGGCGCGAAUUGUUAUUUCGUUCGCCCGCAUUAUGGGUGGAGCUGCAAGGCUCGUUGCAGCAGCUGCAUGAGCUAGCAUCGUUCCAAUCAUGGUUGGGACCGACAUUACGUAGAUGAUAGUAAACGCUAUCACAAAUUCCUUGCAAAUGAGAAGUCGGAGAAAGAUAUUGCAGGAGCACCGUGCAUAGAAAUGUACCUUUUGGACGUGGUAAACAGCAUGUGAAGUCUGAGACAGGCGUAAACUCCAAAAAUCUGCAGAAGCUAUGGCAGAGUCCGAUGAGGGGCACCAUUCCCACAGUUAUGGAGACGAGGAGUACGACUGGGAGAACAGCAAACUGUACCAGUGCAAGCUGGCUUACAAGAGGCGGUUCCUCGCAGGGAUGGAACUGGACAAGGAGCACCGACUCUUGGACGUCGGGUGCGCCGACGGGGAGUUCAUGGCCGAACUGUCUGCAAAGGUUCACUCUAUCGUAGGUGUUGACAAUGACGGCGCCGCGAUACAAAGUGCAAGACAGGCAAAUACCAUCCCCAACGUCACUUACCAGGUGGUAGACUUUGGCGCCCACCUGAGAGAACACGGGGAGGAGUGGCGAGAAAAGUUCGACUUGGUGAUUAGUGGCUUCGUGCUCCACUUCCUGGACGACUACGGCAAGUUCAUCAGGAACUUGCACCACUGCACCAAGCCUGGGGGCCGGCUCCACCUGACCUAUUUUGGGGACAGUCACGGCUGGACGGCCAAGGCAGGAGAGUUCAUACGGAACCACCCCAAGUGGGGCGAGUUUGUUAAGGACGCAAAACCCGGCAGAAACGUCGUUGUAGAAUCGACCUUGGACGAUGUGAAGAAACUCUUUGCAGACAACGGCUUCACUGUCGUUAAAAUAGAGGAGCAUGAACUUGCUGAAGACGAUUACUCGGACGAGGAUGCAGAAGGCUAUAACGGAGUGCUGACCACAUUGCAGUCGAUACCGGAAAAGUACAGCCCGGAAUGCAUGGCAGACUUGUGCAAGUUUUCCCGGGACAAUUUCGGCACGAAUUCACCUUGGCAAUAUGUCCAGCUCAUCGCGACAAAGUAGACGGAAAGAGACCACCGUGUUAUUCACCAUUUUUAAGUGAAUGGUCUUGCGUUAUUUAGGCUAGUCAAAUGAAACCAUUCUGUAACCACUCUAGGAUCACGAGUUUAAACAGUUUAUUUUGGUGUAAUCAAAACAAAAGAGGCAAGAGAAAUGAUUACCUUUAUAUAUUACUUAUUCUCUUGGUAAAGAAGCCAAGCUUAUAAGUUUCAUUUAAAAUCAACGUAAUUUAUACAUCUUGCAGCAAAAUAUAACCGACUCACUUGUUUUCCACUUAAAUUCAAUGUACAAAUAACAGGCAUAUUGAGCAGAUGUCCCACACCUACGCCCUUGCGACCACGCAACUCUCUAAAGUGAACGUCUUAAUUCGUCUCGGGAUUUAAGCCAUUAUCCAAACGUUAAACACUGGUCCUUUCAUAAAACCACCAAAUUUAGUUCUCCCCGAUGCAUGAUAAUCCACUCUUCACCGGGAGAGAUUUCACUGUCAUAUUUGUGCCUAAAAAGACCUCGUUUACCAUAACUGAUGUUAUCGCGCCACAGACCUCUUUGCCUGGAUCCCAAAGGCAAGGCUCAGUCAACGUGCACUUUUUAUUUUUUUUGUGCAGCCUGACCUUUUGUAUUCAUGAAUUUGUAUCUGAAAGAAACGAGCACGUGUCUCUGAAUUUCUUGCAGGGUCUAAACCUAAAUACACUGCCGUUGUUUUUCACCGAUAAGUCCCAAAUUAUUGGUCGGCUGAAGAAUACAUUAGGCAAACAACAGAGAUAAAGAGGGCACAGGCAAAACACAUUAUUGUACCAGUGUCUUCGCAGUAUAAGCUUUUCCACUGGGAUAAUGCAGCCGCGUUUCAGUCACUAAAAGCGUCUUUAAAUUGUAAAUGUUUGAAACAGUCGCUGAAACUGUAUACAAUCUUAACUGCACAUCAGGAUCAAACUGUAAUGUAACAUGUACAUGUAUUAUUAGAUAUGAAGUAUAGUCAAGCCUUUCUUUCAGUGACGGAAAUAAAAUUAAA